AUGAUACAAAAAAAAAUAGUUGCAGAUCGAUACACUUUAGAAAAUAACGCCACAAAAUUACUUAACCCUGGAUCAGCUCGCAAGGGAGUUGCAGUAAAUAUAUUACCUGUAUCUAAUGUUAAAUUAUGUCAAGAAGAAACUGUUGAGGUUGAUGUAUCAGAAUCAAAAGUUGCUGAAAUAUCGAAAUAUCGAAAAUUUACUUAUUAUUAUUGCUGCAUGUCGGUAGUCCCUCGGGCUUUGAUUCGGUAUUCCCUGGUGGCAUUACCAGUGUUUCAAGCCAUAGACAAAAUUAGGUUCUGGGAGGAACCUGGCCAGGCUACCGCUGAUUGGUUCUCACGUCAUCCUCUGUCUCAGGGACCUAGGAGCUCCCUACGUAAAACUGUGACUAGUUCGCCUAGUGCAGGAUAUGAUGACAUGACACGAACAAGCCAUGAUAGUAUCGACCAUUAUCGCGAGAUAUCUAAUCUUUAA